AUGUCUAUGGAUGUCAGCAGAGUCGAUCCGGAGGAGGUGCUCGUAGACUAUCAGACUGUUGAGCCCGGAGAUGUGUCGGGGGACUUGGAAGAUGACAAUCAAAUACGAAGACAAGGUCCUCGUAUCUAUUCGCAUUCGCCCUACAGCCGGUCACCAGGCUUGGGAUACAUCAAUACCGAAAAGCAUCAAACUCCUUCCGCAACACGCAAAAUCAACGCUUAA